UUCCCAGGCCUCAAGUUGUUCCACUACUUUUCUGGCAUUGCAUCUGUAUAAGCAACCACCACACAUCCUUGAGGACAUCAUCCACUGGUUUAAUAAUAGAACCACAGCAGAUCAUUGUGCCUUUCAUUCAGACAUGGUGAGCUAUAUACCUUCUUUACUUCUAGCACUACUGCUGGCAAGUUCCCGUCUUGGCACCUGCUUUCGCUUCACCUCCCACGCUGAAACAUGCAGUCCUAGUGGCGAGCUUGUAGGCAAGGCUGGCAACUGCAACACCGAGAACAACUCCGAGUGUUGCCAGGCUGGACGGAAGUACCCUCAAUACCAUUGCUCGCCGACGGUGACCGGAGCCACCCGUGCAACGAUGACCAUCAACAGCUUCGAAGAAGGUGGGGAAGGUGGUGGACCUUCAGAGUGCGACGGUAAGUAUCACAAGGAUUCUGAGAGCGUGGUGGCCCUCUCAACUGGAUGGUACAAUCAAGGUAGCCGAUGCGGGAAAAACAUCAAGAUCAACGCUAAUGGCAACUCUGUGCUGGCUAAAGUUGUGGAUGAGUGCGAUUCUGUUAAUGGUUGUGACGCCGAGCACGAUUUUCAGCCACCAUGUCAUAACAAUAUAGUUGAUGCAUCCCACGCAGUGUGGAAGGCUCUCAAGAUCCCUGAUUCGCAGAUUGGGGACUAUGAGAUUACUUGGUCCGAUGCAUAAUCAGUGAUGAUCUCAUAUUCAAAGCCUAUGUUAUGCAACUAUAAUAAAUUCCAAAGUCACACACUGGCUUUGCCUGCCCUAUGUAUGUUAGAUCAAUCAUAUCGAUAUGUAAUUGAAGGACUAUAGUUGCCUAUAGUCUUGUUUGCUUCAAAGUUCUCUAAUUGCAUGUUAGGUACUGAGGUUUGGGUUGUAUCUUUCGUGUAAAAUAAUAAUCGAUCUUUUUUUCGCAA